AAGGACAAAGGAUAAGAGGAGUUAUUUAUUGCAAUUUCGAGUUGCCAGUUUCAGCAAUGGCUUCUGUAUUGUCAACUUCCUUGUAUCAAGAUAGAGGACUGAGAAUUGUAGCCUCUACUGAUGGAUUUGUGCCUAGUAUUUGCUGCCCUUAUCGGAAGACAUUGUUUACAGGUACUACUCCUGUUUCAAUAUGGAAGCUCAAAUUUGUCUCCAGUAGUCCAUUUCAAAAGGCUCCUUUAGCUCCUUGUAUAAAGUGUGAGAACAAGGAAAAGAACCAGGGUUCCUUUGAGCAGGUGUCUGUCGAGCGUUUCCCUUAUCACAGUUAUAUGGACUCCACUUCUGGGCAACUUGAACCAGCAUCUGGAGCUCGCGCUAGUAUUCCUGGGAAGGAGUACUGGCCAGAAGGUACAGCUAGUCGAGUUCAGGCCGCCAGGGCUCCUGAACCAGAUGGUAUUUCAACUGGAACUCCAUCUUAUGGAAAAACUCCUGGAAGUAGACGAAAGAAGUACAAGGCAUCUGCUUCCACUUCCCAGCCUUCAGAAAUCAAUGUAAUUUCUGAUGAUCCUCUGGAGACUCCAGAUAAUGUACCAGAAGAGCCAAAGGAUCUUUCCUCAGAGUAUGUCAUUUAUCAGCCUGAACAAGAUGAAGAGGAGCUGACAGGCUAUGAGCUGGAUAAAAGACAUGGACGGCCCCACCCAUUUAUUGAUCCAAAGGCAAAGAAGGAAAUAGAGAAGCCACUUACUAGUGAAGAACUAUGGUGGAAUUGGAGAAAACCUGAGAAGGAGCAAUGGUCUAGAUGGCAGAGGCGGCGCCCUGAUGUUGAAACGGUGUUUCUUAAAGCUAUGGCAGAGACAGGACAAGUAAAGCUCUAUGGUGAGCAUCCUACAUUGACAGAGACUGCGCUCUAUAGAGCAAGGAGACAUUUAUAUAAGGAGGAAAGGCUACAGGCUGAAAAAGAAAAAAUGGAAAAGAUUGGUCCUAUUGCAUACUACUCAGAGUGGGUCAAAGCUUGGAAGAGAGAUACUUCUCGAGAGGCCAUUCAAAAGCAUUUUGAAGAGACUGGUGAAGACGAGAACACUCAACUCAUUGAAAUGUUCUCCCAUCAAACAGAUCGUGAAUACCGCAUAAUGAUGGGAACUGAUAUGCGUAUUCCUCGUGACCCAUUGGCCAUGAGAAUGCGGGAGGAUCAAAUAAAACAAAUUUGGGGUGGAGAUCCAGUUUACCCGACCAUUAAUUACAUUCAAGAUCCAGAUGAAGUGAUUGAUUUCAGGGGUCCAGACUUCCAUGAACCAACACCAAAUAUGUUGGCCUAUUUGAAAGAGCAUGGCAAAAUAAUAUCAAGAGAGGAGCUAGAGAAAAUUCUGGCCAAAGAGAAGACGGAAGAAAUUGAGGUGGCAGAAAUUGAUGAAGCUAUGGCAAGAGCUGUUGACAUUGGUGAAAAUGAUGAUGAAGAAGAAGGAAGUGAGGCUGAAGGUGAAGAGGAGGAUGAGAAAAUUACACGCAAUUGGAGUGUUUUGAAAAGUAAUCCCGAGCUUAGCAAAUCAAAGGGUAAACCCAAAAAGAAAGACAUGUCUCUGGAGGAAGCUGUAGACGAUUCUGAAAAUUUAACAGACUUCCUUAUGGACUUUGAUGAGGAUGAGUGAGGCUGAUAGAUGCCCCAGGCUAUCAAGGAUAGGCAAAUUAUUUUCAUCCCCAUCAACAAAGAUCUGUUGAUUCCAGCAGCAGCAUCAUCUUUCCCUAUGAUGAAGUCGGUGAACAUGAGCAUAUAUUGGGUGAUUGAUAAGAUGUGGCAACAAGACCAACUAACUGCAAAACAGUUGUUUGUUGAUGCUGCUGUGACGCUUAAGCAGCAUCUGCUGAAGAUCUUCGCCCCAGAAGUGUAGAUUUUUUAUAGAAAGCUUUGGGUAUGUUUUUGUGAAUGUACUUUGGAUUAUCCUGUAAAGCAAAUGGAGAAUGCUAGUGUAGUAGCUUGUAUCCAGCACAUAAUGUGAACUACUUUUGAAGACACGGUUGGUAUAUUAACCAGAAAUCAGAAGCA